UUAUAUUUUGCAAUCUAAUAAAUUUACAAACAAUUCGCACCGACUCGAUCGUUUUGUAAGUUCCUUACUAGCAGGCUCACACUUGUGAUUAUUAGUGUCUAUCAAAGUCGUGUAAACGCAGACAAAUAAAAACUACAGAAGCAGCAGCGCGAAACAGGCUCCGUUUGUUUGGAGCUGCAGUACAAGAAAGCCAUCGUCGUCCGGCUGCGGGGUGUUUGCGGCAGCAGAGCACCCCCCAAUCUGGCACACCAUCUGCUUGGCUUUGACCUGAGCAAAGAACUGCUUCUCACCAAUUUGCAGCAACCGGGGGUGCUUCCCGAGCAACUGCAGCAUAUUUUGCUGCUGGAUCAAGCCUUGGAGGAAGGCCAACUCAAUUCCCCAGCCCAAGAGCUACUAAUCGAGCACGGCUGACCCAAAACGAGCACACCCAAAAUGAAAUCCGAAAGAGUUUGGUCGAGUGCUUGGAAAGCGAAGCAGUAACCUCGGAGGAUGACGUUGGAUGUGAUCAGGAACUACAGGAGCAGCAGCGCGAAACAGGCUCCGUUUGUUUGGAGCUGCAGUACAAGAAAGCCAUCGUCGACCGGCUGCAGGAGUGUUUGCCGAAGCAGAGCACCCCUUAAUUUGGCACACCAUCUGCUUGGCUUUGACCUGAGCAAAAAACUGCGACUCACCAAUUUGCAGCAACCGGGGGUGCUUACCGAGCAACUGCAGCAUAUUUUGCUGCUGGAUCAAACCUUGGAGGAAGGCCAACUCAAUUCCCCAGCCCAAGAGCUACUAAUCGAGCACGGCUGACCCAAAAUGAAAUCCGAAAGAGUUUGGCCGAGUUCUUGGAAAUCGAAGCAGUAACCUCGGAGGAUGACGUUGGAUGUAAUUAGGAACUACAGGAGCAGCAGCGCGAAACAGGCUCCGUUUGUUUGGAGCUGCAGUACAAGAAAGCCAUCGUCGACCGGCUGCAGGAGUGUUUGCCGAAGCAGAGCACCCCUUAAUCUGGCACACCAUCUGCUUGGCUUUGACCUGAGCAAAAAACUGCGACUCACCAAUUUGCAGCAACCGGGGGUGCUUACCGAGCAACUGCAGCAUAUUUUGCUGCUGGAUCAAACCUUAGAGGAAGGCCAACUCAAUUUCCCAGCCCAAGAGCUACUGAUCGAGCACGGCUGACCCUAAAUGAGCGAAAAAUGAAAUCCGAAAGUUUUAUGUGAGGAACGUCGCAGAGAAAGGGAACCCCGUUGGCUUCAAGCUUUCAUUUAUGGAUCUCUCAGUGAGCCCGUUAACGCUUCGCGGGCAACGUGAGAAUCCUUUUGCUGCAGGAAUCCGACCGGUACUGACAAUCGAGCGCAGUGCCGAAAAAAUCACUAAAAAGCUCAUCAAUCAAUUGAUCACGAUGAACAAAUAUAGUUAGAAGCAAACGAUGAACAACCCAGACAGCAAGUAUGAAACUGCCCUGAAAACUCACGCCCGUCAGAAGCUGCGGGCCGAAGUUUGACAACAGCUUCGUAACUUUAGUCAAAACGAAAGCACUACACCGGCGAAAGCUGCAGCGGAUGGGGUGCUAGAACCGGACGAAUUUGUCGAUUCGGAUAAAAUUCCUGAAGCACUACUAGAGCAAAUCGGCAAAGUUUUAGCAAUAGGAGAAAUUCUAUCAUUAUCGACAGCAUUGUCUCAAGAAUGACAAAAUUCUUAAAUCUCAACGCAGACUCUUCGAAGAUAGUGAAGGUGAAACAGGAAUCACUUCCGGUAGACGAGAUUGAUCCUAAUCCCGAGCCACUACAGCAGGAAGAACCCGCUCAAGUAGUCAGGCAAGAAGAUCCCGGGGGUUCAUCUAUACUGAGAAUUAUCCUUCUUCAAUGUCGAGAACCCGGUAGAACAAGUUCGACUGGUUCGGGUGAAUUGGAACCGGUUCCAACAAAAUUUGAGGAUACAACCAAAAACCAGCUUCCGAUCGAAACGCUCGAAGCAGAACUCGAAGUUGUGCCACCACAAUCGUCACUGCUUCAGCAGAUGUUGCUCCAUCAAGGGCCAAACAAUCAUCCCAACUCAUCGCCAUCUCUUCUCAAGAGGAUGCUUCUGGAGGGCGGUGCUAGUGAUCGACAAUCGCCAUUGGAAGGUUCCAGCACCAUGAACCGUCGUAGAUCGGAAGAUCAGAUUCCGAUUCCUUCGCUAGAUGAACAUCCUGAUGGUGAAUUGAUUUUCACAAGUACCUGUAACCGGCGCUGUUUGCCGAUAGCGGAGGCCAAAUCACGGGAGUUACUUCCUGCCGGAUGUGUCUUCAAUUUUAUCGCGGAGGCGAGAUGCACAGAUGCUCGAAAGCCGAUGUUUCUAGCUCCGGAAUAUGGUUCCUCCUACGUUUGUAUGGAGUGUGCGGCCAAAACCGAGGUCUAAUUCGAUUCAACUUCGGAACCACUUGAACGACAACAGAUUAUAAUAUUGAUUCCAGUGCUGGUCAAUCUGUUCCGUGAAUCACAACAGGACACUUUGAAAUUCGAUGUCAACUUAGUUCCGAUGUUGUGCCCUCCUCAGCCGUGGAGCACACCAGAGAAUGGUGGGUACAUACUGGCCAAAUCAGAAUUAAUUCGUUUGUCACAGCAAGCACACCAGCAAACUGAAAGGAUAGCCAAUGUUAAAAAACAAGAUAUGUACCCAACUUUAGAUUCAUUGAACUAAUUAGGCAGUAUUCCGUGGAGAAUAAAUGAAGGAAUGUUCCUGAGCCACCAAGUUCUCUACCACGGAUAGAAGAGUUGAAACCACGGAACGAAAUGUCUAAUUAUGACAAAUUCGAUAUGUUGAGCAAGAAAAUCUCCCACAAACGAAAGCAGGGUGAUAUGUACAGUUUGUGGUGCGAUGCUAUUUAUAGACUUUCGCCAGCCAAUCAUUUCCGCAAACGGGUAUUCUGGCUUCCACAAAAUAUAGAUUUUCGAGGACGCGUUUACCCUAUUCCACCACAUCUAAAUCAUCUAGGACAUGAUCUGGCCCGAUGUCUAAUGGUUUUUCAUGAAAAGAAACCGUUAGGCCCAGACGGAUUUGACUGGCUGAAGUUACAUCACUGAUAAACUGAUAUAACUCUGAACCACAUUCCCAUCAACCAAAGGUUUGUGUCUUAACUGCUUAGUAAGUGAUUAAUACACUAGUUGUGAUGGGGCGCUAGCAUUCAAAAAUUACUCCAUGUGUUCUAAUGACACGUAGAAAAAUAUAUAGAAAUUUUAUUAUCUACCAAGCAUUUUUAGCCUGCUUCAAUUUUUCUGCGUGCAAAAGUAUAAGUUGCUAUGGUGUUCAAUUUUUGUUAUGUUUUCCUCCCAGUGAAAAAAGGUCCCGAUGGUUGAAAUGUACUAGAUUCAUUGAGCUUUGAAUUUGAGGAACAAAAUUUGAA